AUGCUGAGCCUCUGCCUCGCCACCGCGGGAGUCGCUGCGGCCACUCUACGACACCGACUCGGCCCCGUCCGCCGCGACGACGCACGGACUCGCGACCACGACGACCACCGCCGAGUCGCACCCGCAACCUCGACGCCAUGCACCCCGGUGGCCGUGCCCCACCGCGACGUCCUCGUCUCCACGAUCCCUGCCGCGACCUCUGCGACGCCGUGCUGCCAGUGUCACCAAGCACCACCGUUGCGGCUGCAACGUCAAGCAGCGCCCCCACCAUCUCCCCUCGUCGAUGUUGUGCUCGCCUCGUCCUCGCCCCGACCGUGCUGCGUCGAGCCCCGAGCAGCGGCAGCACCUCGUCCUCAACGCGAAGCCGACUACGCCAAGCCUGAGCGCCCGUCUCGACACGUAGACUCCGCCAUGGCCGGGAACGCGCGCUCGCCACCGCGUCAAGCACCUCUGUCCGCGAACUGCGACGUCGCCCGAGCCCUUAGCCACGUGCUCGCUGCGGUCACCACACCGGCAGCAGCGCGGCAACCACGACAUCGCUGCGGCGACCAAGCGCCGCGACCCCGUCCGGCGUCCAUGGCCCCGUCCUCGCCCUGCUCCGACCCUGCGGCCUCGACGCCACCCGGUGCUCCAUCGAACCACUCCACCACGGCCACGCCAGGACAUCGCGAUGGUCACCGCGUCAGCGCCGGCCAUGGUGAUCGCGACCCCGAGCACGACGUCGAGCCCCGACGCGUCCCUGUCCUCGCGACGGUCACCGCAUCAAGCUCCUGUCCAUGCCUUCGCCAAGCCAAACCAUCGGUGAGCCACCAAGAACCAAGCUUCUACCCUGCUCCCCAUUCUAUCACGUUCCGACUGAGACCGACCUUCGUGCCGUAA